AUGGCUAAAGAGAUGGGAGAGGUGGAACGCGUGAGGAUGGAAGAAAUGGCUAAAGUGGAGAAACUGGAAAAGCUAAACGACAAGCUUCGAGAAGAGAACCGCUGCUUGUCUUCAGUAGGCCACUGUUUCCAGAUUAGGAAUUUUGCUUUUAAAGUAUCUUGUGGGUAUGAGGAGGAAAGUCUUUGUGGUUUAAAAGUGUUAAUGUUUUUGGGAUUGAGGUUAUCUUUUUCAGGUUUUUUAGGAUUUGAGGACCUUCUUCGGAAGGAGAAGGGGAAAUACGAGCAACUUCAGGAUGAGUUUGAAAGAUAUAAACUGAAAGCUCAAGCCGUUUUAAAAAACAGAGAUAUCUCAACUACUUUGCUCGAUAACGCUGGAGAAAUACCUCGGAUAGCGUCUUUACCCACCGUUAUUGAAUGUGCUUCUUGUGCUAGUACAGAGUCGGAUUUACGCCACACUCGUUCUGUAGUUGCUUCGCUGCAUGAGAAACUUCAAACUAUGGAGAUUGACCAUGCAAAUUCUAAACGGGAAUAUGAAGAAAAGUGUGCGCAGUUGCAACAUACUAUCGCAGAAAUGCGGACUUCUCAUGAAAACUUAACUGUGGAACUGAGGCAUCAGAUGCAACAACGAAUUGCUGAAAUGGAAGCAGAAAUGCAAAAACAAAGGACCCGUACUUUGGAUAUUUUGGCUGAAAAAGAAGAGGAACUGAAAAUGAUCAAUACGGUAUUGCUAUCCGUUCGUAGUCAGAAAUUGAAUCAGAAUGAUCCAAUGGAUCCCCCACAAAGCAUAAGCGCUACAAGGCAACAUGUAAAGGUGAGAAAAACAGGUUCUCGAGAAUUUCCUGACCGGUCUAGUCCAGGAGACGAGCGAAGAAGAAGUUGUGGUAGGCAUUUUUUUAAUCUUUUAAAUGGUGCUGAAUCUUACUCCAGCAUUGUUGAUGAGCUUCAGAUAGAUCGGUCUUUGACCCAGAUCCCUGCGGUGUCAAGUUCCACAGAAGCGAAGAAUAUGUUUUACGAGCAAGAGCUGGCCAAAAAGGAUAAAUUAGUAUCGGAAUUGAGAACUGCAGCACAAGUGGCAGAAUUUAAUGCGCGCGAAACGCAGCAAGCAUCUCUCACAAAAGAUUUAUUACAUCACGAAAUGGUAGAGAAAUUACGAGAGGAAAUUAAACUUCUUGAAGGUAAACUGGAAUUUUAUAGCGGCGAUGCAAAUAUGGAGUAUCUUCGUAAUAUUUUUAUACAGCUACUUCAUUGUGAGAGUUCAUCUGGGAAGAAGCAUAUUUUAAAAGCUAUUGCAACGGUCCUGAAGCUAAGUCAGAACGAAAUUCGUCAUAUAGAUAAACGUUAA